GACAGAGUGAACGUAAGCAUUGAAAAUGGCGCUUUGUAUGAACAUGCACAAACUAGACAUGCUUGUAAUCAUGUACUUCCUUUCACUUUUCCCAUCCACCCGAGCAGAAGAAGGCUUCUAUGUGUAUCCAACUCUUCUGCAAGAGAGAACAAAUGACAAAAACUUGGUCCUACGCCUAAGCAGUAAUCUAACUCUGAAUCUUCAAAAGAGCUCGGUGCUGGCUGAUAAACUACUACUUGUUACGAGCACUCACGAAGGACAACUGUUGGACACGGUUGACACCUCAGCUAUUCAAGAGGUUCUGUACCAGGACGUGCGCCAUCAAUCCUCUGUCGUCCUACGCCAGAGGGAAGGCGUUGUGCAAGUCGAAGGUAUUAUCAACCACGAACUGAGAAUAAAGCCUCUACCACAAGACGAACGUUCGUUAGAUGGUAAAAUACUGCACAAGAUCUACAAAGUACAAGAGGGACAUGGUACGUAUAUCGACAAGGAGCCGACGCUCUCACAAGUUUACCAACGCUCACGUGGGCUCAACCAACACAAUAGAAGGAACGGGAGAAAUCCGAACGCACAUCGCUCCACGAAAGAUAAAGAAGAGGAGCGAUCAAUGAACCAGGAAAAAUUUACUGUGGAGAUUCACGUUAUUUCUGACUCGGUGCACAACAAAGAUUUUAAAAACAGUGAGGAGCUAAUUGCUUAUCUGGCAGUCAUGACAAACGCAGUGAACCUAAGAUACCUGGACAUGAAAAAUCCGCGGGUAAGCUACAUCCUCGUUGGAAUUACACGCAGCAAAGACGAUUCUUUCGCUAGUCACAAGCAGGGCUACCUUCUUGCGGACCGCACGUUAGCCGCGCUGAAAGCUUUAAAGAAGGAAGGCAAAAUACCUGGAAAUUAUGACCUGCUGUACCUUUUAACCGGCCAAGAUCUUGGAGCGGUGAUAGAUGGAAAGAUGGACCGAACAGUGAGAGGACUCGCAGCUCUGGGCGCUGUUUGCUCACAGUAUGCUGCGGGCGAAGGAGAAGACACUGCGAGGACAUACAGCGGAACCCACACGAUGGCUCAUGAACUGGCACACCUAAUCGGAGCACCACAUGACGACGGGUGGUCUAACGAUCCAGAAUGCGCGUGGACACAGGGAUACAUGAUGAGCUACGUGGAUGGCGGAGUGAAAAAAUAUCGACUUUCUCGGUGCAGUGAGGAAAAGAUACGGACCACUUUCAAGAAGCUUAAACCAGGAUGUAUAGAGGUCAAGGCGAGCCAAAACUACCUGAAAAACCACAGGAAGUUCCCUGGCCAAACAAUGCGCGAAGAGUUCUAUUGCAGGGCCAUCUUGAAACAUCCCAAAGGAAGCCGAGGGAAGGUGAUAGUGAAAAAGAAUCCGUAUCUUACCAAGACAUGCAAAAUGGAGUGUUGCAGUAAUGCUGGUGGCUUUGCCAACUGCCGCAGAGUAAUUGUGCCCGCUGGCAUGGCUUGUGAUCGAGGAGGAAAGACGUGCAAAAGGGGUGUUUGCGGAGUCCACACUUGGGAACAGUUCAAGUGAAUUUGCCUCUUCCUAAUCUAACUAUGAGCUAGCACAAAUUUUCUCAAGGAAUAAAACACUUGCACCAAAUUC